AUGAAACAUCCAGUCUCAUCCCCUCUGAUCAUCAACUUGCCGCCUUUUCCGGUCCAAGACAUCGACCAUGUAGACAGCUACCUGCCCGGCUUCCUACACCGCUUCCCAAGUGCUACUAUCCACUACCGGUGGACGAACUCGCAAGAGGACUCCACGCCUCAUGUCGAAGCCAACGAGCCCGCCACCGAAGCCGAGUCGGCUGAGCUCUUGUCCAGGUUGACCCCUCUCCACUGGCCUACGCCCAUCCAUGAUACCCUGUUUGCAUACGAGUUCCUCAUUGAACAUUUGUCCCCGCCCCCCGACGAAACCACCGGAAGCAGGUUGCAGCGCCGGCCUGUAUAUGUCUACGGCUCAUAUUUAGGUGCCAGCCUGGCUUCCUCGCUGGCCCUGACCGAGUCUCACACACACCAGCCCAUGGCUAUACGAGGCCUGUUGGCGUUCAAUGGAAUCUUCAACUGGACUACCCUUCUCCCGGACCACCCCAACAACAAGCUCAUGCUGGACGAGCUGCUCGACAUAGACAAUUUGGAUGGGAAUGAUACAGACAUCCGCUUCAUGAAAGACCUCAUGCCAUCACACUUCGACCAGCCCGUCAACCUCUUCGACCCCUUCGCCAGCCCUGUGCUCUUUUUCCACACGGCAGGCAUGCUGGUCCCCACGAGCUUCACAGAGCGUUCAUCGCCAAACAUGCCCCAAGGGUUCAUUGACGCCGUGGACCAGCUCUCCGGACUGACCAGCACAUCGAGCGCCGAAGACCCGUACGACCAGGCCUACGUCUACUCCGACCCCGAAGACCCGCCGCCGCCGACACCCUACGAGGACAUAGAAACAGACCUAGGAAUAGACACGGGGACAGAGGACACAAACACAGACACCAGCUCCUCGGCCGACAGCAGCCUCGCGCCCGACCCCAAGCCCCCGCGCAGGGGCUACGUGGCCUUCCCCCCGCGCGCAUCCUCCCUGAAAAUACCAGACACCCUCCUCAUGCACACCACGCCCCCGCCGGGCCCGACGGUCCCGGGCUCCGUCCAGGGUCAGCGGCGGCGCCUGGCGCUGUGGAAGCGGCUCAAGGGCGCCGAGAACAACUUCGGGGCCCAGGCGCUGGGGCUGGCCGGCCUCAUGCGCCGCAGCGUCAACCUGUACGAGCUGCGCGAGCGCGCAAAGUGGGACGUCGAGUUCGCCGGCUGGGACACCGAGGCUCUGAGGAGGGUGCAGGUCCACGACGUUGGGGCUGGUGAGAAGGCAGCAGGCGGGUUCGGCCUGGGCGGGCAGGGCGAGGAGAUCGCGGCGCGCUGGUUGGGGAGUAGGUUGGGCUGA